AUGGCUAAUCUGAUUAUGAUGAAUAAACCAUUGACAACCUUCCCCAAAUUAAAUAACCGUCGAACGCGAUGGAUACUAUUAAUAUCGUUCCUUACACUAUGUCUAUUGAGAACCAUUUAUUCCGGUUUGUUUACUCCCCCAAAUCAAACUGUUUUAGAAUAUCAAGCAUUACAAUCACAUCAAAUGAAUCCAAAUUUUAAUCCAAAAAAAAAUUUAUUAAAUAUCCUAGAUUAUUUACAAAAUUCACAGCAUAAUAAAGAUGGUAUAUUUUUCCAUUGGGAUGAUUGGAUCGAUCUAAGUUUUGCGGAUCAUAAAUUAUCAUCAGUAAGAUCCAUUGGUAGUAGUACUUGUGACAAUCGAUUAAUGGACUAUUCAAGUGUAUCGGCUCAUUGGUUGGAAUCGUUAAAUACAAAGAAAUCAAGAGGAAUGUGUCAUUUAUAUUGUCAGUUUGCUAUUCCACAAAAAUUAAUCAUGACUACUGAUAAAUCUUUUAUUGAAAUUCCUGUAAUUGGCAAGAAAAGAUCUGGAAUUCAACAUCAUGUACAAAAUCAUCCGGUUACUACUGAUCAAUUGGUAGAAUCAAUGACAAACUUAAAAAUUAAUGAUAAAUUGGUUACAAAAAAUAUUGGACGAUUGCAAAAUAGAGUCAAUCUUGAUCGAAAUGAUUUUAUCUUUGAUCCUAACCAUGAAAUUGAUGUAUUACAAGAUCGAUUAGAUGAGCAAAGUAUAUCUUUGAAGGAAUUAAAACAGCUUGAGUUUUUAAAAUAUGCUAAUAAUAUGGUUGAUAAAACCGAUAGAUAUUUCAAAUAUCCUUGGAUCUACAGCGACAUAGUUCAAGGCCAUUCUCAUCAUAUAGCAUAUCCAUUUUUCAACAGAUUUGUUGGGGAUAGAGAACGUCAGUCUAUACUUCAUCAUAUGAUUAGAGUUUGGUUUCAAUUAAUGGAAAGUUAUGGAUACCAAAGUUGGAUUAAUUACGGAAGUUUAUUAGGAUGGAAAUUUAACGGAUUAAAUAUGCCAUGGGAUACAGAUAUUGAUAUUCAAAUGCCGAUUCAACAAUUGAAUCGUUUAGCACAAGAGCUUAACAAGACUUUGAUAUUGGAAAAUCCUCGAUUUGGUAAUUCGAGGUAUUGGUUAGAAGUUAGUCCAACUUUUAUUCGACAAGGGAAUAGUAAAAACCAUAUUGAUGCAAGGUUUAUUGAUAUUAGUACUGGGUUAUACAUUGAUAUCAGUGCUUUGUCCUAUGAUCAUGAUAUCAACCCUCCAUUUGAAACUACUGAAGAGUCUUUCCCAGUUCAUUGUAAAAAUUGGAAUUGGCAAGAUUUGAAUGAACUUGGUCCUAUUCAACAUGCAUUUUUUGAAGGGGGUUCAGUUUAUUUGCCCAAUAAUAUAUCCAGUAUAUUAUCACAUAAAUAUGGUGAUGAAGCUUUAAAUCAGUUUGCAUUUCAUAAUCAUUUUUUCCUAAAGGAUUUUUCCAUGUGGAUAAAUUUGGAACAUUGUCCUCGACCACAAGAAGUUUCUAAUAAUUUUUGCAAUUCUAAAAUUAUUCAAGAUGAAUUCAAUAUAAUCAAAGAAUGUACUGCAAGACAUAAAUAUUUACAAAAAAAUAACAAUGAUCCCAAAACAGUUGAAAUGUUGCCGGAUUUACCUAUUUUCAGAAAAGAUGCUUGGGAUUUCUAUUAUGAUAUUAACAAUAAUUUGGUCUAUAAUGAUAGAUGGUAUGUACGAAUAGAAAAUGUAUAG